AAACAAUAUUCAUUUUUUGUUUGGCCUACAGUUCGUUGGUCCCAUUUACGAUCAAAGAUGACUGAGGUGGCCAUUAAUUACAACGCUGACCUUAACUUUUACACUGCCGUUGAGCGAUCAGUUUAGGCGCACACCAUUACCGAGUUUUAUAGUAGGUUCAGCUAGAUAUGGCCGUCUCAAAAGCUGGAGUUUUGUCCUUCAUCCUGCCAGUUUUCUUAGCAGGUUUAGUCACCCGUCCUCUGAUUCUUGAAGAUUACGCGAAGCAGCUCGCUAAUCACGUCCAGAAUGCCAACAUUUCAGUUGAGGUUGUGUCUGAGAAAAUCAACCAAGUCGCCCACAGUUCUGACUUCAAGUUUGUUCUUGUCUACGGACUUGCUGCCGUGCUGACUUACUUGGCUGUUCAGCUGUACAAGGCGGUGACUGAGCCCUUGGCACUCUACUGCGACGAGACCAAAUAUACGUAUUUAGUGGACGGCCCAGCCGACGGCAAAUCGGCUGAGGAACGAGUGCGGGAUUUGAAGAGAUGUCGGAAGGUUGGAGACGUUCCCCCUGUCUACCCGAAUGGCUGGAUGUCUAUCCUGAUGUCGUCUGAAUUGAAGAAGAAGGAACACAAAUUCGUUGCCGUUGCUGGUAAGAACUUGGUGGUAUUCCGAGGAGAAAGUGGGCGGCCCUACGUCGUUGACGCCUACUGUGCUCAUCUAGGCGCCAAUCUGGCCAUAGGUGGCUCAGUACACGGUGAAUGUAUCGAAUGUCCCUUCCAUGGCUGGAGAUACCGGGGAGAAGACGGCAAGUGCGUCCAUAUUGGAUACGCUGAAAAAGUACCCGACUUUGUGAAGAUCCCCACCUACCAGUCCUGCGAAGUCAAUCACAGAAUCUGGCUGUGGUACCAUGCUGAAGGCAAGGAGCCCGACUGGCAAGUCCCGGAGCUCGAACAUCUAACUAAUGGGAAACUUCAACCUGUUGGCUUCACGGUUUGCGAACUCGACAGCCAUAACGAGGACACCCCUGAAAACGGAGCUGAUGUUGCCCAUCUAGAUUACCUUCACGGGCCGAGGGCUUUCGUUGGUCAGGCCCACUUUACCGACGUCAGCUGGGAGCCACACCCUACCGAUAAGCAUGUGGCUUUACUUCGUAUGUCCACCAAACCCCCGUAUUUUUUUGGUCUGCUCAACCUGCCGGCAAACACCGUCCAAAUUGAGCAGAUAGGACCCUGCUUCGCCACUUUACACCUGGACAGUCCCGUACUGGGUGAGCUUCAACUGAUAAUAUCCGUCACUCCUGUUGGACCCAUGCGACAGAGGAUUGUGACCACUGGGUAUACCCGGAGAGGACCAAUCUCCUUCUACAUUGGCAAGAAGGCCUUGUAUGAACAGUACUACCAGAUUUGGGGUGACCUUCCGGUGUGGGCCAACAAGAAGUACGUUCGUAACCCCCCGUUUGUGAAGGAGGAUCAUCUGAUAGCGAAACAUCGCCGAUUCUUCGCCCAGUUCUACUCUGAGAACAGCCCCAAGUACGACCCGAAAGAGGAAUCUAUGGAUUGGUAAAAUUACUGUCUAAGGUUAAAAAUAGAGUCGCUCAAAUGUGUCAGUUU